CGCCCACCGUACCGGACUGAAUCGAUCUAACGUGCGGAAGAGUUCAGAUAAAUCACACGGGCGCUCCUCGUUGGCCUCUGGGCGAUGUCGGAAUUCCUGAGAUGGUCUUUUCAUCCACUAAUACCGGUCCCGUAGCAAGGGGGGCUACGCUGGGCGUGUCACAGCUCCGGAAUAACCUGUAGCUGCCGCAGACGACAUCUACCCGAACGUUGUAGACUAGAUCUGUGCGAACCGAGGUUGGACACGAACCUGGACGGUGUUACAUGGGGAGCAGCGCUGAGCUAAAGAUCACGGAGUUCAACAACGGGUUGACGGCGCGCCUAACAACUUAAUAUCGGCCUGGGUCGUGUUGCGUAACGCUCAGGAAGCUCGUGCAGUUACAACUACCGCUGGCAUCUAGCUGAGCAGAAGGGCCGGCAGCAGCGAGCCAUUGCCGCCUAACGGAGGACCAAGCCAACGUAGACCUGUACACAGUCACAAGAUGAGGACGUUUUGCAUCAAGACAUUUGGCGUUCUCGUCACCUUUCUGAUAACACAAGAAGAGGCGCUUCCUCAAAACGGGUUACCGACGGUGGGGACAACGUAUGGACAGAUUGUUGGCAAGAGGGUGACUCUAUCGAACCCUCGGUUAAGGCCGGUGAUACAGUACUUAGGGAUACCGUACGCCAGGCCACCGGUGGGAGAGCUCAGGUUUAGGCCGCCUCUCAGACCGAAGGCGUGGCCGGGCGUGUACAACUGCACGACUUUCGGACCGGUAUGUCCACAGGCGGACCUACAGAAGAAGGCCGGGCAUCUCUCACCGCUACCAGAGAGGGCCAGGACCAUGUUAAAGCCAUUCCAGGACAAAAUGAACGAGGACUGUCUGUAUCUAAAUCUGUAUCACCCAGAAGAUAGAGAUGGGAGUGAAAGGUACCCUCUUGCUGUGAUGGUGUUUAUACAUGGAGGCGGAUAUACGUACGGGGCGGGGAGUGCUUACGACGGAAGCGUGCUCGCCAGUCUAGGCAAUGUCGUGGUGGUCACCAUCAACUAUCGCCUCGGUGCUUUCGGUUUUCUGAGCACGGGUGACGCCAGUUCUCCGGGAAACUACGGUUUGUUGGACCAGAUCGCGGCUCUGCAGUGGGUGAAGAACAACAUCGACAGGUUCCACGGAGACCCUAGUCUCGUCACGCUGUUUGGGGUGGACACUGGAGCCGCGGCGGUCAACCUGCUCAUGUUGACUCCCAAUGCGGACGGCCUUUUUCGCCGGGCUAUUCUGCAAAGUGGCUCCGCAUUGGCUAGUUGGGCUCUUUCGACAGGAGGACGACGAAUCACAAACCUUCUUGCAGAGCAGAUCGAUUGUUGUAAGCCGAACAUCUCCAAGACGGUUGAGUGUCUAAGGAAGAAGCCGUACCAGGACAUCAUGUCAGCUGAUAUCAGGAUGUUGGGGUCCCAGUUCUUUCCCAUAUUUGGGCCUGUGGUGGAUGGUGACGUCAUACCAGAUAAUCCGAAGAACCUUAUGAGUGGUGGUGGUCAGUUCUGGACAUACGACGCUCUGCUCGGAGUGACCGAAUCAGAGGGUUACAUGUACAUCAGCGAUCUGCGGAACAUCGAGGACGGCGUGUCCGCGGACGGCUUCAAACUCCUCAUCAGCGACUUCGUCAACCAGCUCUUUCCGAACCGGGAGGCGGAAAUUACCGACGCCGUGGCUUUCAUCUACACCAACUGGGGGGAGGACACCAACAAAACUAGACGGAGUGGCCUCUUGCGAAUGUUUACUGAACAACAAAUGGGCGUGCCGUCCAUUCAGACGGCGAACUUGCAUUCCACUGGUAAUACCAGAACCGGCACCUUCUUCUACACGUUUAACUACCGGCCCACCAGCAGCCCAACGCCGGACUGGGUGGAGGCUGCGCACGGGGAGGAGAUUCCCUUCGUGUUCGGCGCACCUUUGAUCUCAGACACGAUUUUCAAAAACAUGACCUUCACCAAACUUGAGUCUAUGUUGAGUACCGCCAUUAUGACCUACUGGACCAACUUUGCUAAGACAGGAAGUCCGAAUGAGCCACGAAAACAGGAAACGACAUUCCUUCACCUGAGACCAAACCGUUACGAAGACGUUCUGUGGAAGCCGUACAACAGCGAGAUCGUCGGACAGGAAGGCGACAGUUACAUGUACUUCGGUAUGAGACCAAGAGUCCCCAGUGGGUAUCGUUCCCAAAGAGUGGCAUUCUGGAAAGAGCUCGUUCCCAAGCUCCUCAAACCUUCUCAAGUCGUUGGAAACGGGAACGCGUACCCGACUCACUCGCUGAACGAGCUGUGUGCACGUUUGGACGUGGGGAGGGCUAUUUUAGUGGGUAACGAGGUGGUCCCAACUCGUGCUGUGGGUAAUCAAAGAAAUAGUCCCGUCACCUGUUUCCCCACCUCCCAAACCCCUACCGCGGACCCAUCCUUACAGAGACCCAAAGUAGGCUUUGACAUGACGUGGACUCCCAAAUGGUCCAGCGUCGACAGACGUGACAGAAGUCGCGGUUACUCUUCAGAACUUAGCGUUGUCAUCGCUGUGGGGACUUCGCUACUCUUCGUCAAUGUUGUUGUCUUCGCUGUCUGCUAUCAUCGCAAGGAGAGGAAGUCUAAAGAGAAACCAGGAGCGCAUACUCAAGACAAAGUCAGGUUAAAGGUCUCUGAUGUUCAGGAAAUGAUUAAGAUGAUGGAGUUUCAGGACGCUACCUCCUUAGAAGCGGACGGGAAUAAGACAGAGCUAGUGGACAGUACGACGAUAAAGUCUUCUCGCCUUGUCUAGCAGUAAUAAAGAAAAAUCGUGUCGCUGGCUGCUUCCGAGUCACGUGCUGUUUCCGAGCAUUGAUGUAUUUGUCCAACGUAAGAAUAAAUGCGAUAUGUGCCUGUCUUGUUGUUUUAUUGUCUGAGGUCAUGUUAUUUGUUGGAAUCGUGCUGAUUUCUUCACAAACACCCCUUAUCAUAACACCUUUGUAUAAGUAAGGCCAUAUUGAUUUGAUUAUAUGGAUGA